CUGUAAUUGGAUCCUGGAGGGAGCCAGCGAGCAAGGGAGGGACAGAGGGAGGCUGGGCGAGCCCGCUGGGGGCGGAGGGGAGGCAAAAUAGUCCCGAGGCUUUGGCCUGCGCCUCCCUCGCCUGUGAAGCGCUUGAUUUCAUUGUUCCAGGCUGAUGUCACUCCCAGUUGUUACAGACGCUUCUCCGGGUAACAAUGUGGGACUAGGAGGCACAAAGGACCUUUCUGGAGAUACCCCAAAGGCAGCUGUGCACACUUCUAAACAAAGUACUGUACUUCAGCCACUGAUCAUGCUUAUGGUGAGGCCCAGAAGCAUCUUGAAAAUAAAGAUUUGCCGACUUCAACGCCUUCUAGACCCAGGGUGUUGAUUUUCCUUAGAAGUAGAUCCAUGCAUUCCUACACUGUGGCAUCACCAGAUAGGAUGAGUGGCUCAGAUAACGGACUGGACGAAACAGAACUCAGCAUUACGCUCACUCUCCGGAUGCUUAUGCAUGGAAAGGAAGUUGGCAGUAUCAUAGGCAAGAAAGGAGAGACUGUGAAGAAGAUACGGGAACAGAGUACUGCCCGGAUUACCAUUUCAGAAGGAUCCUGCCCUGAGCGGAUCACCACUAUUACAGGUUCAACUGAUGCCGUUUUCAGAGCUGUUUCCAUGAUUGCCUUCAAGCUGGAAGAGGACCUGGGAACUGGAGCAACCAAUGGAGGAACCAUCUCCAAACCACCAGUAACCCUGAGGCUGGUCAUCCCAGCUAGCCAGUGUGGCUCGCUCAUUGGCAAAGCUGGAGCCAAAAUAAAGGAGAUCCGAGAGACAACGGGUGCCCAGGUCCAGGUGGCUGGAGACCUUCUGCCCAAUUCCACUGAAAGGGCUGUGACAGUCUCUGGAGUACCCGAUGCCAUCAUCCAGUGUGUGCGACAGAUCUGCGCAGUUAUCCUGGAGUCACCACCAAAAGGCGCCACCAUUCCCUACCAUCCCAGCUUGUCCUUGGGACCGGUUCUUCUGUCAGCCAAUCAGGGAUUUUCCAUGCAAGGACAAUAUAGUGGAAUAUCUCAAGCUGAGGUGACAAAGUUGCAGCAGCUUUCCGGGCAUCCUGUCUCAUUUUCAUCCUUGGCGCAAACUCCAUCUAUAGUUGCAGGCCUGGACGCAAACUCUCAGAAUAGCUCUCAGGAGUUUCUGGUUCCCAAUGAUCUCAUUGGCUGCAUCAUUGGCCGCCAGGGGAGCAAAAUCAGUGAGAUUCGGCAAAUGUCCGGAGCACACAUCAAGAUCGGGAACCAGACAGAGGGCUCUGCCGAACGUCAUGUGACCAUCACAGGCACGCCGGUCAGCAUCACUUUGGCGCAGUACCUCAUCACAGCCUGUUUAGAGACGGCCAAAUCUACCUCCCAGACGCCCCCCGUUGACCUCGGCAUGACUUUCUCCCAGCCCCUCACCCCUUCGCCAGCCCCAGCGCUGACAGCAGUGGCCGCACCUCCCCCAGCCUUGCUUGGUCCCCCCUAUGCCAUCUCCCUCUCCAACUUCAUCGGCUUGAAACCCAUUCCCUUCUUGACACUGCCCCCUUCCUCAGCCGCGGGGCACAAUGGCAACCUUGCCUCCUACACGACCAAGAUCUCCACAGCCAAUGCAAGCAAGAAGGGUGAGAGGCAGAAGUUCUCCCCAUACUGAAGCAGGAAGGUGGGCUGCGGGGCGGGGAGGGGAAAAUUGGGGGGACCCUCACAUGCUUCGUGAGAUGGCAUCAGCAUCAGGCCACUCCAAAGUGAGAUUACAUGGGGGAAGACUAUCAUGUGAGAGGCAAACCAAUUGUAUAGGAAAGUAAGGAAAUGAGAGGGAAUAUAGCCUCAGCAGCUAUUGAGAGCAGUGCUGACCAAGAGUCAAGACAGAGAACUGGGUUUUCUCCAUAGUUCCUACUUGAUCCUAGCUGAGAAGUCUGUAGUGAAUAAGACCAUCUAAACUUACAGUUUCACCUCUGUUGAACAAUUACUGCUCCACACUCAAAGUGUUACUAUUUUUUACCUUCCGUUUGAUCUCCUUCAGGAAACAGCUUCUCUCCCCAUCUGAUUUCCUGUUGUGUUGUUAGGAAACCAGUUUACUUAGGGAAAAUUGAAUCAUGCACAAAUUCUGUAUCCCAUACUGAAGGCACUGGAGGUCUUGGGAGAGGUCUUAUCUCAACUGUGGGAGUAGAUGAAGCUUAUUAGACCAAUGGGAAUGAUAGAGAAUAUGCUCUGCCACUGCUGUAUCUCACGGAUGGUUGUUUUCAAGGAAAAAAAUCUGACCAAUAAAGAAAUAGAAAGCAUAUAGGAUUUCAAUAUGAUGGAACAUACCAAGAAGCAAACUUUUGGUUCUCUGUCCUAAACAUUUCUCUCUUUAUAUGAAGCUGCUCAUGUGUCUCAUUCUAACUAUAUAAGAAUCUGGAUUUUUUUAAAAAAAAUCAUGGCUGUUUGUGAGAAACUCGCAGGGUUCUGAAUUUUUGCUUCCCCCAGAAGAUGGCUAGAAUAAAAAGAGAUUGAAAGGAAACUUUUACCAGAGGCCCUCUCUUGUUGACAGGGAGUUCCAUAGCAACCAUUGGCAUAUAUUUGGCUUCCCUGCUGACAACCUGGGCAAAGGCUAAUCAGAUAGUGUAGUAAUUACUAAAUUUGAAUUUCCAGCACUGGCUGCCAAUUCUACUUAGUCUCAGUGGAUGACACCCACCCCAUGUCUUUUUUUAUGGCGGAUACCUCAGGAAAUCUUUUCUUAGCAGGUCAUAUAUCUAUCAUGCCAUGAAUGCAUCUUUGAAUUUAUCUUACUCUCAUGGGAUGUUGUCUCCAAUGAACGCUUACUAAUACUGUUCCGCUCCCUUCUAGUGCAGCUCUAAGCAUGCUUACUCAGAAAUAAAACCCACUAUUGAGUGAGGUUUACUCCCUGUAAACAUAGGAAACUGCCACCUAAUAGCAAGUCAAACCAGCAGCCAUCUCUGGUUCAGUGUUAUCUCCUGUGCUAGCUGAUCGUGGCUCUCCAGGGUAUCAGACAGGUUCCCAGCCCUACCUGGAGAUGACAGGGAUUACAUCUGGGAUCUUUUUCAUGCAGCCUUAAAGAAUGAGUACAUGCUCCAAAAAGAGUCCCCAUUAUCCACACUUCGCUUAUCUAUUGUUAUUGUGAGGGCCCUUGUCAGUGCAAAUAAAGUCAUGUGAGUAAAGAGUCAGUAAUUGUGAUUGAUCCUGACCCUUUUAUCUGAGACAAACUCUCAUCCCAGAGGCAUCCAACUCACAUUGCUACAUUUGGUAAUUAGCUCAAUAAAUUGAGGUCCUGUCCAGCAGGAAUUCAGUGUAGCUUGCUCCUGAGUAAAUAACUACAGGUUUGCAAUGUAAAGGUACCUUACAGCCAAGUUCUGAACUGGUUAUAGACAGUAUAGCUUCUCCAAAGUGAGUCAGAUUGUUGACUCAAGUUGGCAUGUUGUAUUUCUUUAUUCAAAUACUACAAUGUUAAUAGCAAACUUAUCUUCAUAAGGUAUUGAAUGGAAUGUGCUUGUUCAGUGAAUCAGAGGAAAACUGGCUGAAAAAGAAACUGAACUUGCCUUUUGCUCUGCCUCUCCUGUUGAACCAACCGGCUCAUCAUAAGUAAAGGUUUAGCCUAGGGCUGUGUGUAGUGUCAGCAUUCAAAUAAAACAAAAUGUUAAAAUUUUGCAUGCACUCAACCACAUCCUGUGCCAUAAAGAGUUCAUAUCUGAUCUGUAUAGAUUAUGCAACUAUGCAUACAUAUCUCCUUUAUGCAUGGUAAUUUUGGAAGUGGACUAUAAACAGGGUGUGCUGUUUAAGCUAUUUAAGGAAUAUUUUUGUUUGCAUUGUACCAGAUUUACAAUUCAAGGGAGAAGCAAGAAAAUCAACCUGGCUUUUUCUAAAUAAAUGCUAGUUUGUUUCCAAGCAGCACAUCCUGUGCUUUUUGCUGGAUUCCUUCAGGAAUUACAGGUUUCACACAGCCCUGGUUAUGUUGAGCUCACGCAGUUGGGUACGAUGCCAAAGGUGCCUGGGAAAAAUGUUAAAUGUUUCAGGAUAAUUGGGUUUAGGGAUAUCUGCAGAUGUGGAGCUUUGCAAGGCAGUGCAUCUGUUUGCUGACAGAUUGUUUCAUUCCCCGAGCAUUGCAAAUAUAUUCAGUGGCUGGCAUAGAGAGGCCACCAUGCUUGUGUAGUCUGUGACUGCAUGGUGAUUAAAGGGUUGCAAUCAAAGAAUGAAGAAAUGCUAUAGGUUCAUUGAGCUAAUGAGAUAAAAUUCUCAGAUGGUGUAAACCAACAUAAAUCCCAGUAUUUUGAUUUCACAAGAAAGGGAGGAGUUGGAGCAAAAAAAAAAAAGUGGGGGGCGCUAUUCUUAUAAAUCAAUCCAACCAGUUGUCCAUUUGGCAUUGUACCCUGGCUGGUACAAAUCUCUCUAAUUUCCCUCUAUCACUUGCUGGCAAAAAGCUCUCAUCUUUUCUUGCGGCUCUGAGGAAUUUCCCUCCUACCCCAUAAUCCCCUUUGGCUUAUCUUUGAAAAUGCUGUACAUAUAAUUCUAUAUUUUUCCUCCUUUGUAACUUAUCAUUGAUUUAAUAAAACUAUAAACUUUGUCAA